AAUUAAACAAAUAAUAGGUCAAACAUGUUUUAUAAGCUUAGGCAAUUUUGCUUAAAUCCAUAUCGCCCGAAUUUUGGUUUUUUGGGAAACUUUGGGGUCCGGACUUGCACACCCUAACUGCAGCCAAAAAUUUCCAGUAUAUCUCUUCCCCUCCUUCCUCCCUCCCUCCAGACCCAUCCGAGUGCAGACCCUGAAAGUAGACAAAAUUUAAGAAUAGAAACCUAAAUUUCCAGUUCAAAUUACACAAAAUUUACCUGAGAAGUUGUUUGGUUUUCUUUUGAGAAAAAAAAACCACUCUUCACUGAUGUGAAGAUUUGGGUCACACGGAAAUGCCUGAAGUUAAAUCGGAGCUGACGCCGGAGGAAGAGAAGCUGUGUAUCAGAGACAUUUCUGUUGCCGCCGAAGCUCAGACCAAAGAAGGCGAUGCAUUCUAUUUAAUCACUCAGAGGUGGUGGCAUGAAUGGCUGGAAUAUGUCAACCAAAACCACACUAAUACUAGUUCGAAUGAUGGAUCUGCUUUUGAGCAUUGUGCAUUAAAAAAGCCUUCCAGUAUUGAUAACUCUGGCAUUAUAUGUGAAGCAAAUUCAGAAAGAUCUGAAGCUGGAAUUGAGAUCCGAGAUAAUCUAGUUGAAGGAACUGAUUAUAUAUUGCUUCCUCAGGAUGUCUGGAAUCAAUUACACAAGUGGUAUGGUGGUGGACCUAUGUUGACUCGAAAAGUAAUCAGCUCUGGUCUUUCACAAACUGAAUUAGCUGUAGAAGUUUAUCCUCUAUGUCUCCAAUUACAUCUGGUGCCAAAUGAUGAGUGCUCUACCAUAAGAAUAAGUAAAAAGGAGACAAUAGGAGAACUUCACAAAAAAGCUUCCAAAAUCUUUAAUCUUAAUCCAGAACAAGUGUGCAUAUGGGACUACUUUAGCCAUCAAAAGCAUGCAUUGAUGAAUGACAUGGAAAAAACACUUGAUGAUGCAAAUAUUCAAAUGGAUCAGGAUAUUUUGGUGGAGGUUGUUAGUAAUAGUGCUGGGAGUGGAUCAACUUUCACUGAUGUUAAUGGAUCUAGACCUAAUGGAACAACAACAGCUCACGCAGAACCUUCUAAGUUAAAUUUUUCAAUUGCUGGAGGCCUUUCUGCAAGCAAAGGUUCAUCUCGAAACGGUAAUACCGAGCUAUCACAGUUGCAGAGCCUGUCUCUUCCGGUUAGAGAGCCAGACAAGACAUAUGGAACAAGUGGUGUUAGUACAAGGGGAUCUGCUUGUGGUCUUACUGGGUUGUUGAAUCUUGGGAACACAUGCUUUAUGAACAGUGCAAUACAGUGUCUUGUUCAUACACCGGAAUUUGCUCGCUACUUCCGAGAAGAUUAUUAUCAGGAGAUUAACAAGCAGAAUCCUUUGGGGAUGGUGGGUGAGCUUGCUUUAGCAUUUGGUGAUUUGUUAAGGAAAUUGUGGGCACCAGGUCGCACUCCAAUAGCCCCACGUCCAUUUAAAACAAAGCUAUCUCGUUUUGCUCCGCAGUUUAGCGGUUAUAAUCAGCAUGAUUCUCAGGAACUUCUAGCAUUUCUACUGGAUGGACUUCACGAGGACUUGAAUCGUGUCAAACACAAACCUUAUAUAAAAUCAAAAGAUGCAGAUGGUCGGCCUGAUGAAGAAGUUGCAGAUGAGUACUGGGCUAAUCACAUUGCUCGUAAUGAUUCUAUCAUUGUAGAUGUGUGCCAAGGCCAGUACAAGUCAACUCUAGUCUGUCCUGUAUGUAAUAAAGUCUCAGUUACAUUUGAUCCCUUCAUGUACCUUUCCCUUCCAUUGCAACCGGCCACCACCCGAAGUAUGACUGUGACAAUAUUCACUUGUGAUGGAAGUGAACUACCAUCAGCUUGCACUGUCACGGUACCAAAGCAGGGACGCUGCAGGGACUUACUCCUGUCACUGUCCAAUGCUUGUUCUUUAAAGCCUAGUGAGAUGUUCUUACUUGCAGAGAUACGAGGCCACCUGAUUCAUCGAUUCUUGGAAGAACCACUUUUAGCUCUAACUUCUAUAAAAGAUGACGAUCACCUUGCUGCCUAUAAGAUCCCUACAUCGGUGAAAAGCUCAAAAUUUCUCCAAUUGAUCCAUCGGCGCGAAGAGUGUGAAGCUGGCGAGCCUCGGAGCAGCAUGGGGUGGAAGCCUUAUGGAACACCUAUGGUUUCUCCAAUCCCAUGUGAUGAUGUCAUUACUAGAGGUGAUAUACAGUCAAUAGUUCACAAAAUGCUCUCCCCCAUGUUAAGACGGGGAAAUCCCUACAAUUUCUUCAAUGCAAAGACAUCAACAGAUGGCGCUUCAAGUGCCAGUGAAACCUGUAAAGAUGAUUCCACUGUGGUGGCUGAUGUGGUGAGCGAGAAACUACCUUUGCAACUGGUUGGUGAAAACAACGCAUGCAUUGACCUAACUGUUGGGGAAGAUAAGGCUAUUAAGAUUUCAUCUUCAUCAAAGGCAAUACUUGUAUUCAUUGAUUGGCCACAACAGCUGUUGGAAACCUAUGACACCCACUACCUCGAGAACUUGCCAGAAGUGACUAAAUCUGGUCCGUCAGUCGCAAAGAAAGCUCGUAUCGAACCUCUUUCGUUGUAUAGUUGCUUGGAAGCUUUUCUUCGAGAGGAGCCUUUGGUUCCUGAAGACAUGUGGUAUUGUCCUCAAUGCAAGGAGAGACGGCAAGCAAGCAAGAAGCUUGACCUAUGGAGGCUACCAGAAGUGCUCGUCAUUCAUCUUAAAAGGUUCUCAUUCAGCAGGUCAAUGAAGCAUAAGCUAGAAACCUUUAUCAAUUUCCCCAUCCAUGAUUUCGAUGUCACAAAGUAUGUAGCAAACAAAAACAACUCUCAACGCCAGCUCUACGAACUCUAUGCCUUAACCAAUCAUUACGGCAGCAUGGGAAGUGGGCACUACACCGCACAUAUCAAGCUGCUCGACGAAAAUAGGUGGUACAAUUUUGAUGACAGCCACAUAUCUCCAAUUAAUGAAGAAGACGUCAAGUCUUCUGCUGCUUAUGUUCUGUUCUAUCGGAGAGCGAAAACUGAUGAUGAUUCUGCGAGCAAUGGGUUCGUGCCAUCUGGCAGUCACCACACUAUCUCUUCUCGCAAGUAGCCUCUGCUAGAUUGUGUACAUUCAUGUAAAAACUGGCAUCGAGUUUUAACGGGUUAGUAUCACUGUAUUAGUAUUAUUGCUUUAGUGAAAUCACUUAGGGCAUCACACAAACAAAGUUGAUGAGAGUAGUGUUUAAGGUUUUUCACAAGACAGAAGUUAACAAAUGAAUAUGAUGUUUUGACAUUAGAGACUUAUUAUACUGUAUAUAUAUAUUGUCUUCACUCUGUACUAAAUGCGGGUUCAAUUC